UUUGCCACAGGUCGCCGGAGAUGAAGCUCACCGACCAGAAACCGCCUCGCUGGCCCUCCCAUGUUGAAUACAUUCCGUCUCAGGUGUAUGAUCGCUCCGUUCCGCAUGAACUACUCUGUCUAAUCCGGGGCAAUCAACUAUGUCCGCCGACACGCGUGUCUUCGGUGACGAUCCGACCUGUUACUGAACGAUCCCAUCCGGCUUUCGGGCAGCACGGCCUCUUCGCCGCGAAAAGAAUACCACCGCGUUCUCACAUAAUAGACUACGCUGGCGAGGUUCAUGCCGACGACCGGCCUAGCUCGGACUACGAUCUAUCGUUACAUCGAACUCGGGACGGCAUCAGCAUCGGUGUCGACGCCAGCCGUAAGGGUAACGAGGCCCGGUUUGUCAACGAUUAUCGUGGCAUACGCGACAGACCGAACGCGGUCUUCCAGGAAGGCAGACCCGUGCCAGAUGGGGAGCUCAGGAUGAGCAUUUGGAGCUCAAGCGAGUGUAUCCGCAAAGGUGACGAGAUCCUGGUAUCCUAUGGGAAGGGGUGGUGGCAGGCGCGGCUGCAGUCCUCCGCGGAAACCACGCACGAACGCGGCGCAUGAGCCGCCGAGCGGGGCGAAACGAUGGCCACCGUGAAUCAUGUGAAUAUAUUACUUUACCUACGCGUUGUUUUUACGAACGAAAGCACCAUUGGC